AUGGGUUUCGGUCUGCAUUCUUUCAUACCUGUGGCAGGAUUUGUGCUGUCUUUGAUGACGGCGUGUCGCGCGUCUCCUUCAGCUCUUGUGAUUCCGCCCAGCCAGUAUUUCGAGGUUAAUGACGGACCAUGGAGUAGCUUCAACGUUCGAAUUGGCAGCCCACGACAGGACGCACGAGUCUUUGUCUCUACAGCCGCCCCUGAGACUCUGGUUGUCCUAUCGGAAUAUGGCUGCUCGGAGGCAGUGAUGGGAAAAGUCCCAUCGGAUUGCGCUGUUUCGGGAGGUAGUAUGUUCAGCCCGAACGAGUCAUCGAUGUGGAAUCAAUUAGGGACCUUCGCAAUCAACGGUGGCGGAGUCGGGCUCGAAGCGAACCUUGGAUAUCAGCAGCCAGCUCUGUUUGGCCUGGAUACCCUUGGGAUCGGUCUUGUCGACGGAGCCGAAGGACAUACACUCGAUAAUCAGACAAUCGGCGGUAUUGCUACGGCGUAUCCCUUCUAUUUAGGAAUCUUCGGUAUCAACACGCAGCCGUUGAACUUUAGCUCAUUGGGAAACUUCUCUUCCCCAUCAUACGUCACAUCGUUGAAGGAGAAUAACGUUAUCCCCAGCUUGAGCCUCAAGAAGGUCUAUGGCCAACUGAUUUUCUCCGGCUACGACACGUCUCGCUUCAUCGAAAACUCAGUCACGUUCACAAUGGCGGACGACAUCACACGCGACCUGGUUGUGGCCCUUCAAGCCAUAACCUACAGCGGAGAGAACGAAAGGUCUCUCUUAUCCUCACCGAUUAACAUAUUCAUGGACUCCACAGAUCCCAACAUUUGGCUCCCAGACGACGCUGUGGACGCUUUUGAGUCUGCCUUUGGUCUCUCGCUGGGCAACACCACUGGUCUAUAUCUCGUCAACGACUCCCAUCAAUCUGCACUUCUCGAGUCAAACGCAAAUAUAUCCUUCCGACUAUCUGACGUUUUAGAAGGUGGUGACACGGCUAUGAUUACUCUUCCCUAUGAGGCGUUUGACCUCCGGGCAGAGUAUCCAUUGGUUGAGAAUUCGAGCUACUACUUCCCUCUCAAGCGUGCCGCGAACGAGUCACAAUACACACUGGGCAGGACGUUCCUCCAAGAAGCAUAUCUCUCAGCCGAUUAUGAGCGGCGUGUUUUCAACGUCUCGCAGUGCACUUGGGAUGAAGGCGUGGAAGAGGACAUCGCCACUAUUUCUCCCAAGGACGCGAAUUCAAACAAAAACCCAACGUCGCUCUCUUCCCAUGACUCUUCAGGCGGCUCUUCUCUCAGCACCGGUGCCAUCAUCGGCAUUGUAAUCGGUGCAGUGUCUGCUGUCGCGCUGAUCGCCUUAACUGCGUUCUUCUUCUUUCCCUGGCGGCAUCAGGAUGCUGGAAACGAACCUGAACCAAGCAUUAUUAAGUCGCCCGAGUCUCAUAGUUUCUCAGAACUUAGUUCCAAGAAUACGGACGGAAGCGUGUUUACCAUGCCUCCAAUAACGCAUGGGGAACUCUCAGGAAACGAUACCCAGAUUUACCAGUUGCAUUCUGAGUCCGGACUUUAA